GUCCAUAACUUAUCAUAGGUCUAUGGAUGUCGCUUAAAUUAACCUCAAAUAAUUGAAUGAUGUUGACGUUUUAUGUUUAGAUAUGAAAAUAUUUUAAAACGCUAAAAAUGUCUUUGAAUGAAGUAGUUUCCUGGAAAGAAUCGUUCUUUAAAGAUGAUUUUAAUGUCGACAUCAGCCUAUCAAAAUUUACCCUAAAAUCCGAUUUAGAAACAUUGAAAAGGGAUUUAAAAAGUUAUGGCAUUGAAUUACAGCAGCAAAUGACUGAAAUUCUUAAGAAUGAAACAGAAGCAAUCGUAAAUUUAGCAGAGUAUUUAACAAAUUUAAAUGCCAAGAUUGAACAUCUAUCACUUCCAUUUUUUCAAUUAAGAGAGGAGAUCAUGGCCCUGCUCAAAUUGAUAAAAACAGCUGAAAUGAGCUACAAAAUGAUGUUAUAUGGUAUAAAAAAUAACAAUACUAACAAGAAUAAUUUAAAUUUAAAACUUGGAGCUAUAUCUUCAUCUGUAUACAUAGACAAAAUGCUCAAAUCUUCAGCAGAUUCUUUUGAGGAUAUAAUAAGUCUGGAGCAUAUUGUUGCUAAAUACUCAUUCCAGAGAAGUUAUAUGGAUGAAUUGAAUAUUAUAACAACAGAUAUGAAAGAUAUAAUGGUAAAUAUUGAAAAUCAGUUGGUUAAUAUUAUUAAUAAGAAGUUUCUUAAAGCUGUUGAAAAUGAGGAUACUGUUACUAUUACAAAAUGUUUAAGAAUGUAUGAAAAUUUAAAAAAACAAGAUGAAGCACAAGACAUAUAUAGAAUUGAAGUAGUAAAACCUUAUUUGCGAAAAUUAUUCAAUCAAAAAGGUACAGAAAAGUCUAGCCAAAACUUAGAUGAAAUUUAUGAUAAAGUAGUGUAUUUCAUUGAUACUGAAAUGGAUGUUCUUCAUAGAGUAUUAGAAUCAAAUGGUGAUUUUAAGAAAAUUAAUUUUGUUUAUAACAGCUUUUGGAAAGAGUUUGAUAAGCAAUCACGUGAAGGUUUACCUUAUAUUACUGCUCCGGGCAAUCCUGAAUUGUUCCAAAAAAGAUAUAAAAGUACAUAUGAAAUAUUAUUGAAGAUUGCAACAAAAUGUGGCGAUAAAAACAUUGUAAUAGAAGAUGACACAUUUAUAGAACAUUUGAAACGUUUCAACUUACCUGUUUAUCUUGAAAUCCGAUAUCAAAGAAUAGCAGGAGACUUUGAAACUGCUAUUUAUUUUGAAAGUAAUGAAUUUGUUUCUCCCGAUAAUGAAAUUUCUUGUUACUUGAAGCCUACUGUAGCUCUUUGGAAUGCCGUUUCUCAAUGUUUCCAUGAAGAUAUUUAUUUGGACCAACUUGCUGAUCAGUUUGUCAAAUUAUCCAUGUUAACCUUAUCUAGAUAUUUAAAAUGGUGUGAAACUACUUUACAGAGUAAUUUCAGUACAAAUCAAAGUACAGAACAAUUUAUAAUGAAUUGUUUAAUUGACUUUAGCAUUGUGGAAAAAUUUAUGUGCCCAGCAAUAGAAACUCCAGCUGACAUCAACAAUACAGUUUAUAAAAUACUUGAUAGUUCAGUUGUAACUUUGGUUCCCAAGAUAGUUAAAGCUAACUUGAAGUCAAUAACAAACGUUCUAAACCUUAUGAAAAGUAGUCUAGUUAAAAUGAAAGUGGAAGAAAUUUAUUAUCAGCUUCAACAUGUUGAGGCUAUACCUAGGUUAUACAGGAGAACAAACAGAAGCAUUCCUAAAGAAGCUAGUCCUUACAUGGUGGAAGCAGUUAAACCAAUAACCACAUUCCAUAGUGCAUUCCAGAAUGUUAUAAGUCAUAAGUCCACUGAAAUUUUGAAUGAUAUUAUACUACAAGUGACCAAACAGUAUUUGGAGUUAGUGCAAGGUGUGUUAAGAUCUGUUUGCAAAACUGAAGAAUCUUUGAGAAGAUUAAAAAGUCGAAAUGUAACUACAGAAGAAAUUUCCCCGCAACUCGAUUCGGGAUCAGAUGAAAUGAAAAUUCGAGAACAGAUUAAGCUUGAUGUUGCUUAUUUUCUUCAUAAGUUACAACCACUGGCAUCAACAGAAUCCAGACAAAUAAUGGAUGUUUUAAAAAAAGAGACACACUAAGAUGCGUCAUCAAAUGAAAAUUGUAUUGUUAUUGUUUUUAGUUAAUUUAUCACAACUCUGGAUGUUUGUUUAAAUAAAAUAUACUUUACAAAUAAA